GUUAUCGUCAAUCUUAUACAUUGUCAUAUACCACAAAGUAAUUUGCCUUGCAUGCGAGAUCAUUAAAACGAAGAAAUAUUAAGUGUACAAUUGACACAUUUUUUACCUUGCUUUGGCUUAUUGCUGUGAAACAUAAAUAACAAUCACCUACUUAUACCAACGAAUCGAUAAUAAAAACAUUUAGUUGCAGUUUCUUUCCUAUGUUGAGCCAAAAACAGCGCACCAUUUACAAUCACUAUGUCGUAAUGUCGUGUUCACAAUUCUACUCAAGUACUUUUUCUGCUCACGCAAUAUUUUGACACAUGCUGGAUUUGGUGCAUCAUCAACAGGAGCGGGAUAAGCAGGCGCACAUGAACACAGGAAAGUCGCAUGCUGUACACGUGUUUUUGAUAGCAUUUGUGUUGCAUUUUGAUUUGACUUGUGUUGUGGGUAUCGUCUGUAUUUGUAAAUUUUAGGCACUAUUUCAGCAAUAGACCACCUUAUCAUUGGUUCCUGAAAGAGGAUUUCAAGAACGUUUAUAAUUUUGUUCGACGAUGGGCAACAGCAAUAUGGAGGAACAGGUGAAAGCGGGCAUUAAAGCACUGCUUCUGUGUAAGAAAAAGCUGAAGAAAGAGGAACUUCUUAACCAUGAGGACAUGAAGGUCAUGCUGCAGAUUUCAGCAAUCAAGGUGGCACCAGGACGAGUCAAACAGACGAUCAAACUGCCACUACCAGCGCCCUUCACCGACACAGCAGAUGUGUGUCUUUUCGUCAAGGACCUGAAGAGGGGAAUCCGCGUGGACCACGAGAAGUCUGUCCGACACUGGAAAGAUGUGCUGGAUGAGGCCGGCGUCACUCGUAUUACAGAGGUGAUACCUCUCCGACAGCUGAAGGCCGAGUAUAACAUGUACGAGGCCCGUCGUAAGCUCUGCGACUCGUACGACGUUUUCCUAUCGGACGUACGCGUCACGCGACUGCUGCCCACGCUUCUCGGAAAACACUUCAUCACAAAGAAAAAACAGCCGUUGUCUGUGAACAUGGAGGCAAAAGAUCUGGUGAAAGAGAUCGACUCUGUGCUGGGCGCUGCCUAUCUGCACAUCCACAACAGCGGAGAUUGCAGCUCUGUACAGGUGGGGCGCUGUGGUCAGUCUGAGGAAGAGCUGCUCCAGAACGUGAUGACCGCCGUCGCCAUCCUCCGCCUCAAGUUCCCCGGCGGUCAGAGGAAUAUACGCAGUCUGCACCUGAAGCUGGGAAAGUCGCCGGCGAUACCCAUCUUCGUCAGCGACGUGCCGGCCAACUCUGUGCCGGUACCGGCUGCGCGGCGCCAGCCGGGCAGUGACCGCGCCCCGGUGGUCGGGGAGCUGAGCACCGCACGUGCCGACUCGGAGGUCAUUGUCGACCGCUUCGGCAACGUGGAGGUGCUGCAGAAACGUCCCCUCAGCGACGAUGAGGAGGAGUCGGACGUUGAGGACGUGGAGGAGCAGCAAACUAGAGGACAGCGUGGAAAUAAACGAGUCAAGCUGAGCAAGACAAAGCCCGUACCGGCUGGCCAGCCCUCUGCGACUCCUGAGGAAGAGACCACCUCCCCGGCGCAGGUUCCUCCUGCCGACGAGGACUCCGAGGGAGAGAAUUCUUCGGACGAAGAGGACCGGGAACUGGCGGCUCGCGAGGCACAGUUCCUCGACCAACUUGCUGUCCAGAAGGCGAAACAGAACGCCUCAGGACCAGCAGUUGAUGCUGCUGCUGCCAAACAGGACACACAGCAGAGGAAUAACAAAAAGCCGUCGAAGGCGAAGAAGCCUACACAGAAGGCGACAAAGAAGGGAUCCGGUCUAGCUAGUAGCGGGAAGAAGGCUGCAAAGAAGGUAAAUGUGGCGAAGUCGCCCAAAGCGGAUAAGUCAGCGACAAAGAAGUACGCCAAGAAGACCGGGAAGAACAUUGGAGCGGUGAAAAAGGUGAAGUGACGUUGGCUUCUGGUGAGGGAGGUUGUUUGUAUCCAUGAUUUUGCCGGGAUGAAUAAACAGACGCCGCGGUA